GGCCUGUGGAAGGGGGCGGCGCGGCGCCCUCCGGAAGCUCCUCCACGGACGGACGGCGCUCCAGCAGAUCCUUUGAUUGUCCCGGAAGCGGACGGUGAAAGCUCCCGGUCCCGGUUUCUGUCCGGCUCCGCCAUGGCGUCCCACGGAAACCUGGGCGCCGUUUCGAGCCCUAUGGUUAUACUAGCUCCGAAGACCAAGACGAAGAAGAAGCAUUUCGUGCAGCAGAAGGUGAAGGUGCUGCGGGCCAGCAGCGACCCGGUGAUCGGCGUUUUCAUGUGGGGAGUGAACCACUCGAUCAGCGAGCUGAACCAGGUCCCUGUACCAGUCAUGCUGCUUCCGGAUGACUUCAAAGCCAACACCAAGAUCAAAGUUAACAACCACCUCUUCAACAAAGAGAACCUUCCAGGCCAUUUUAAGUUUAAGGAAUACUGCCCCCAGGUGUUCCGGAACCUCCGGGAGCGUUUCGGCAUCGAGGAUCUCGAUUACCAGGUGUCUGUGACCCGCAGCCCUCCCGUCCGGGGGGGUGACGGCCCCGGAGAGGGACUGCUGCUUACCUCCUACGACGGCACUCUGGUCAUCAAGCAGAUCUCCAGCGAGGAUGUGGAGGACAUGCACAACAUCCUGUCUGAGUACCACCAGCACAUAGUGAAAUGUCACGGCAGCACACUGCUGCCUCAGUUCCUGGGAAUGUACCGCGUGACUGUGGAGAGUGAGGAAACCUACUUCAUGGUCAUGAGGAACAUGUUUAGCCACAGACUGGUCGUCCACAGGAAGUACGACCUCAAGGGGUCCCUCGUCUCCCGUGAAGCCAGCGAGAAAGAGAAGGUGAAGGAGUUGCCCACCUACAAGGAUGUGGACUUCAGGAAUGACAUGCAGAAGGUGCAUGUGAGCGAGGAGCAGAAGGAGAAGUUCAUGGAGAAGCUGAAUAGAGAUGUGGAGUUCUUGGUUAAGCUGAAGAUCAUGGACUACAGCCUGCUGCUGGGCAUCCACGACGUGGGGAGGGCGGAGCGGGAGGAGGAGGAGCUAGAGGAGCCGUGCAUGGAGGAGGAGGCGGAGCCUGAGAACGGGCUGACUACUGUCCCCACGGCCGGCUCUUACGGCACAUCCCCCGAGGGCAUCGCCGGCUACCUAAAUUCCUGUAAGCCCCUCGGUCCAGGAGAGUUUGAUCCCUACAUCGACGUCUAUGCCUUGAAGAGUGUCCCCGGAGCCCCUCAGAGGGAGGUCUACUUCAUGGGCCUCAUCGACGUGCUGACGCAGUACAACGCCAAGAAAAAGGCAGCUCACGCGGCCAAGACCGUCAAACACGGCGCUGGUGCAGAGAUCUCCACCGUGCACCCCGAGCAGUACGCCAAGCGCUUCCGGGAAUUCAUCGCCAACAUCUUUGCGUGACGCGCCGAACCCUACGGCUGUGGGCCAGCUUCACACUAAAAGACUCUGCUGUUUAUUUUAUCCGUUCCAUUCUCUAUACGUAGUUUUUAUUCCCUGUCUUAUGUAUUUCUUCAAAGGACAAACAUCCAAAGAAUAGCUACCCCCACCUCAGCAGUCCCGUUUCUGUUGCCGUAAUCGUCUCCGAGGGCGUGAGGGACUGGCAUACAGACAGAGCUGCUUGUCUGACUCGAGCAUGUCUGUCACCCUGGUGAUGUGAAACACAGUGUCACAGCUGGGUGACAGAUAGAGGCGGGACUCACCGUAGCAGUAGGGACCAAUGGCUAGGUUUACCACUUCAUAAACACCCCCCUUAAGAAUGCAGAUGGCACUGGUGAGAACCCCCCCCCCCCCCAAUAAUUCAGCCCCAGGACAGCCCAAAGUGUGCUUUGUGAAAUUAGUUUUUAAGGCACUCAGAGUAUUUAAUAUUUUUUAAAAAGCCAAUACACUACAUUUACGCUUCUUAGCUGGUUAUGGCUAAUAUAUAUUUUUAAAGUUUUCUGGAUUGAGUCUAUUUUGCACAGUUUUCUGAAUGCGUGGCACGCUUUCUCUCCAACUGUCCAUUCCAAUAGGGUCUGAUUUCACGUACAGAUAAUAGUCAGUUUUGUCCGCUCUGGUAUUUGCCCUUAUCUCCCUUUGGGGGUAUUUUUCCUUUUUAGAGAGACUUACUUCCUACGCUAGAUUCCAGGAACAUAACAUGAGGGUUAUAGUGGUUGAUACCUGGCCCGUCGUUAGCCCUUGACGAGAGGACGAUCUGAAGGCACCGCAUUAAGGUCCCUCGAAGUUUUGGGAUUGAAAGGUAAGCAGAAAAGUGGGAAGUGUGUGCUUCCUCGCAGAGGAGCGCGAGCCGCCCUCAGGAAGUGGCUGCCCUCACAUCCUGUUCGGGACAAUGGCGGCGGUCGCAGCGGUGCCCCUCUCCGUGCAGUGCCAAAUUUUUGUCCUGUUCUCCAUGUCCCCAGUUUCUAAAAAAAAAAAAAACAAAAACACAAUAAAGUUGUGCAUCAAUGAUAA